AUGUUUCAUUAUCGUCACAAAGCAGCAAAACGAAGGCAGCGACCCACCAUCACCAACAACAGCAGCAUACAUUUGGAAAAGAAUAUUGCAUCGGAAAAACAAGAUUCAACACGCUCAAGUUCGACGUCUUCAAAAGGAUGGUCUGUGGAACGGGAUCAUAGCACUGUAUCGACACCUCAGGCAACCGAAACGGCAUCAGCAACAACUGUGAACUCGUUAAGCGCACAGAGUGGAACUUAUGACGGAGUGAAUAGUUACAACAACGAUGGGGCGAUGGUAACUGGUACAACACCAGAUGAGACGGCUCAUCAAAAUGGUGGUAUGACUGAUGGAACGGCAGCAGUUCAUACUCCGGAACAAACGCAACGGGUGGACGAGCAACGUUACCAUUCUGAGCCACCGAUGUCGAUGGUU